AUGCUAUUUGAAUUUUUAAAUUCUUACCUUAAACUUCCAGACUGUCAGGCUCUUAGUAGAAAAGUUUUAGAGGUUGCUGUUGCUAAAGAGAAUAAAACAAUGCAUAAUGCACUUCAUAAAGAUCAAACAGGAGUUACUUUAACAUUUGACAGAUGGACCAAUAUAAAAAACAAACAACUACUAGGAGUAAUAAUUAUUACUUCUGAGGAGAAACCCUAU